UUCCCUUAGGGAAAAGACACGAGACGAUAACAUGCUACACAAGUGAUGGAGAGAGGAGAGGACAGAGAUGGAUAGACAAACAGAUAACAUAUGUUAAAAAUAAGUUUCAUAGAGGCCCUAUUUCUUGCUCAUGCCCUCGAAGGGAUUAUUCCCCCCAAAUAAGUAUCAUAUUGACCGAAGUUACCUUUGGACCUGCAAAUAAAGGGGAAGCUGUUUUUUUCCGGCGUUUUCAGAACUCGUUGCGGACAUGUCUGGACAGAAACGAAACAUAUAUGCAGUACAAAUGUAAAUGACAAUUAGCCUAUAUCUUCUAAAAUCGCGAAAUUGGCAAUGUGAUGGUCUUAGGAGGAAUAACGGAAUAAGUCAUGGCGGUUGGACAUGGGUCUAAAAAGUCACGUACGUGUGACAUGGAUGACGCCCUCGCGGCUGAGCAAGGGACACCCGGGUCUGGGGCAAAGGUGGUCUCCUCUAAGAACUUGCGACCAUGCAAAUGUCUGGUGGCCCUCCUCCUCUUCAUCGCCAUCAUCGUCGGAGGGGCCUCUCUGCUCUGGUACUUCCUGGACUACAGAGUGUGGGUACUAGAGCCUCGUGUUCAGCAGCAGUACGUGGCUCGUCUCACCAUCCUCAACAGGAACUUCUCCAGCGGUCUCUCCUCCCACACCAGCUCCGCCUUCAGGACGCAGGCUGUGGAUGUCCAGGACAUGGUGAAGAUGACAGUGAAAGCUUCUGAUUUGUCUCGUUACUUCAACUCCUCCACCGUCUUCGCCUUCGGGGAAGGGAGUGUAGUGGCGCAUUUCUGGCUGCUGUUGUCUGUCCCUGGCAGCCAUGUUGGGAAGGUCAACCUGGAGAGGGUCAACAGCAGCCUGCUGGGGAGGUUGGAGCAGACGGCCAGCUACUGGGGAUACAAACUACAUCUCCCAUCAUUCUCCAUCACAGAAACAGAACCAAAAGUUGUAGAGCUUUUGAAGGCCUCUUUUGACUGUUACAGGUACCAGCUGCUGAUCCCUGGGGCCCCGGUCCCCCUGCGUGGCCCAGACACUCAGCUCUCAUCCUGCCUGUGGCACCUCCAGGCAGGCCCUGGUCCUGGGUUUGAUACUAGUCCUAGUCCUAGUCCUAGUCCUGGUGUUGGUACUGGUAAUGGUCCUGGUCCUGGUCCUGGUCCUGGUCCUGGUUCCAGACUGGAGUUGCAUAUGGAAUGGUUGCUUCCUGAGUGUAGAGACAGGCUGGCUGUCUACAACACACUCACACCCUCCGACGCAAACCUGAUCACCUCUGUAUAUGGGUGCAGCAGUCAUGAGCGUGUAGUCCAAGUGGUAUCGUCGGGGAGCUGGAUGACUGUGAUCUGGAAACAAGGACUCUACAACUACAAAAACACCUUCUCCCUCGCUGCACAGGCUUGGCCCAGCCCAGUGUGUUCCUCUAGGGUGCGGCUGCAGCCAGUCCUGGGGGUGCAGGGCUUCCUGCGUACCCCCUUCUACCCCAGCUACUACCCCCCCGACACCACCUGCACCUGGACGCUCACCGUUCCUUCCACAGACUACGGUGUGUCUCUGGAGUUUGAGGGCUAUGAGUUGAGCAGAGCCAACUACAACCAGGUCUGCACACAGGGACAGUGGCUCGUCCAGAACCGCAGAUUGUGCGGUACGCGAGGUCUCCAGCCCUACAAGGAGCGCCUCUACCUCCUCUCCACGACAACCACCGUCGUCAUGACGUCCGAGGUGUCACUCACAGGGCCUGGUAUCCAGGUCCACUACAGCCUUUUCAACCAAUCAGAUCCCUGUCCUGGUCAGUUCCUGUGCUCUCUGAACGGUCUGUGUGUUCCUGCGUGUGACGGCAUCAAGGACUGUCCCAACGGCCUGGACGAGAGGAACUGUGGUAGAUUUUAG